AUGCGAUGUUUCAUGGACUUCAAACCGGGCGGAGCGCUCUGCCACAUUCUGGCCACAAUGUACCGCUAUAAAGCCGAACAGCGCUGGCGAAAGUUCGACUUCACGGUGAACAAGAACCCGAUGCGUAAGGACCCCAUUAUUCAAAUGCUGCUGGACAUGGAAACGGCCCUCAUCGAGGCCGAAUGCAUGCGUCUGCCGAUUGUGUAUGUGCGCCCGGAGGUGGACAAGGGCACGGCCAACCGGAUAACGGACAUUGUCACGAACCAUCAGGGCGAGAUGACGCUGGACGAGGAGGAAGCGACGCACAUAAUCUAUCCGGCGGUGGAUCCUCUGCCGGAGGAUUACGCUCGGCCAACAUUCCGGCGCGAUAAGCACGUGAUGAUCCAUUGGUAUUACUUCCCGGAGUCGUACGACACCUGGGUGCCCAACACGUUUGAUUUACCGGAUAAUGUCCCUGAUUCUCCUAUGUCCCCGGGAGAUCGUUGGCGGGUGUCUCUUUCCUGGGUUACAGAUCUGGACGAAUACAACGAAUGGAUGGCAGAAGAGGACUACGAAGUAGAUGAAGAUGGACGCAAGAAGGUGCAUAAAUUGCGCCUUGGAGUAGAAGAUCUGAUGUCCGGAGUGGACGAUAAAAUUAAGAAAUCGAAAGUUGUGCACCAGAAGCGCAAACGGUCCCCUUCGCCUCCACUCAAGGGAGGAAAGCGGAAAAGUGGCCGAUCACCGGCCGUUUUCCAGAAAAAGCCCCGUGCAGAUGAUGAAGAAUCGGAAGACAUGACGAAGGAUAUGGACGAUCCGCAACCGGAAACGAAUCUUACCGAAGUGAAAGCCAGUUCAAGCAAUUCUACUUCAGGUCCGGCCACUCCGCAACCAAAGCGUGAUCCUGAAAUGAUGCCCAUUAAAUAUGCUACCAUGACCGAUCUGGAUGAGGAAAUCGACAGGGCCAAUGCAGAUCGUGCUGGAGACGACAGCCAGGCCGGCAAGACCAGCGAUAACAGUAACACCCAAGAAUUUCCGCACGGAAAAGACGAUCUCGAGGACAAUGUUACUGAACAAACGCAUCACAUCAUUGUACCGUCGUAUUCGGCAUGGUUCGAUUACAAUUCCAUCCAUGUAGUUGAGAAACGAGCCCUUCCCGAGUUCUUCAAUGGAAAGAAUAAAUCGAAAACUCCGGAAAUCUUUUUGGCUUACCGCAAUUUCAUGAUCGACACUUACAGGCUGAAUCCAACUGAAUAUCUUACCAGCACCGCCUGUCGACGGAAUUUGGCUGGCGAUGUUUGCGCUAUAAUGCGGGUUCACGCGUUCCUCGAGCAGUGGGGCUUGAUCAAUUAUCAAAUCGAUGCUGAUUCGCGUCCAACUCCCAUGGGCCCUCCACCCACUUCCCAUUUCCAUGUUCUGAGCGAUACUCCAUCAGGUCUGCAACCUCUAAAUCCUCCCAAAACAGCGCAGCCAUCGGCUGCAAAGAAUCUCCUUGAUUUGGACAAGAAAACCGACAAAAAGGAUGAUCCUGCCACUCCAGGAACACCGGCCGCUGCUGCAACGCCAGCGGACGGAAUCAAAACCGAGGCUGGAGCAGUCGCUGCCGAUCCAAACGGUCAAUUUGGGCUUCGUUUGGAUCAGUACGCCAAGAAACCGUCUGCAAUGCGGAACAAGACCGCCGCAAGCAUGUCUCGAGAUUGGACCGAACAGGAGACACUCCUACUGUUGGAGGGGCUGGAAAUGUACAAGGACGAUUGGAACAAAGUGUGCGAGCAUGUGGGAUCACGCACCCAGGAUGAGUGCAUUCUCCAUUUUUUGAGACUGCCCAUCGAAGAUCCCUACCUGGAGGAUGAUAAUACCUAUCUGGGGCCACUGUCCUACCAGCCGAUCCCAUUCAGCAAAGCUGGCAAUCUCAUGUCGACUGUUGCCUUCUUGGCUUCGGUGGUUGACCCGAGGAUUGCUGCAAGUGCUGCCAAGGCCGCUAUGGAGGAGUUUGCUGCAAUUAAGGACGAAGUUCCGGCCAACGAUGAUGGAUGCCCAUCUGAAGAAUGGUUGAAAAGUGAGUUCGGAGGAAGUUUCGACCCCUACGCUGGAUUGGCAACUAGUGGCAUUGCUGGAACCGGUCCGGAUAAGGACAAGGACGAAGAGGAAGGUAAAUUGCCGGGAUCUGUUGGCACUCCCCGGGUGUUCCCGCAAACUCCCGGGUCCACCGACGUGGAGAUGAAGGACGUCCUCCAAGAAGGAUGA